CUCCCACGAACAGCGCCCCAUCACAUCCUUCACAAUGUCGCUAAGAGCUUCGUCCCUCACCGGCCAGCACGCGCCCCCGCAAUUCGGCCGCACUCCUACCUCUAUCUCUUCCAGGGGCGCGCCGUAUGCGGCUUAUAAGAGUCCUUUUGCACCUGCAUACAAGACUGCGCCCCACUGGCACGGCAUCACGCUCAAGACUGCUGUGAAAUAUGGCACCCUCCUCGGCGGCUUCGGCGGCGUCGCCGGCAUCUUCGCCCUCUUCUUCUUCGCCGAGGUGCCUCGCGUGCGGGACGACAUCAUCCUCAAGAUCCCGUUCCUGGAGCCGUUCUUCAAGAAGGAGAUUGCGCCCGAGGAUAACCCGUUCUAAGCGGAAAACGAGGCUUUUGUGGGAAAAGUGAGUUAUGGUUGGGGUUCGCAUGGGGAAGAUGUAUCAGUACAUAGAUGGAGAAAGGGGAGG